AUGAAAGGUGAUGGUAAUCGCGAGAAUGAGGACGACGCCAACAGGUUUGAGUCGUCGGCGGUUACAUUUCGGGAAAAUCUGUUGCGUUGGUACGACGCCGAAAAGCGAAGUUUACCUUGGAGAAAACGAGGACAAAGCGACGCGUCAAAGUUUGAACAUUUUGGUGGUGAUAAAGAAGAAGAAGAAGAACUAGAAGAAGACGCGACGAAAGCGUUUGAGCGAUGGCAACGAUUAGCAUCGUCACCAUCAUCGUCAUCAUCUCGUGAAAAGGAAACGUCGUCCUCCGCGCCGACGCCGACGGGUGGGAGUCAUACUAAUAACAACGGUAGUAGUAUCAACAAAAGUAGUGCUGCUGAUGAUGAUUAUUGGAGAGAAAAAAGAGUGAUGUCGGACGACCAGUACGCGUACGGGGUGUGGGUGUCGGAAAUCAUGUCGCAACAGACGCAAAUCGAACGCGUGGCGGAGUACUGGUCGCGGUGGGUGAAGAAGUGGCCGACGGUGAGGCAUUUAGCGAACGCUUCGGAAGAGGAGGUUCGAGAGAUGUGGGCCGGGCUAGGGUAUUACAGGAGGAGCCAGUUUUUGUUGAAAGGGGCGAAGUAUGUCAGCGAAGAAUUGAAAGGGAGAUUCCCGAGAGAUAUUAUUGGUUUGUUGAAAAUCCCGGGGAUUGGACCGUACACGGCGAGCGCGGUGGGAUCGAUCGCGUUUGGGAUACGCGAAGCUGCGAUUGAUGGGAACGUGAACAGAGUUUUGACGCGAGUGAGACGGAUACGAGGGGAUCCUGUGAAGGAGAAAAAGACUGUGGAUGCGAUAAAACGCGUCGCCUGGGAGUUGAUUGGGAAAGAAGAAGAAAAAGAAGAAGAAGAUGACGAUGAAAAGAAGGAGGACGCAAAGAGCAAAAAUCGACCGGGAGAUUUCAAUCAAGCGAUGAUGGAGUUAGGCGCGACGGUGUGUAAACCGAAAAACCCCUCGUGUAAAGCGUGUCCAAUCUCUGCGUUUUGUGAAGGGUAUCAACACGAAUUACUUUCCGAUGGGCAAGAGCCAGUCACGGCGUAUCCGGAAAUCGCCAAGAAAGCGGAAAAGCGCCAAGAGGCGAUCGCGGUCGCGGUAGUGAGUUGCACCUUCGAGAACACGAAAUGGUUUUAUUUAACGAAAAGACCAGAAAAUGGAUUAUUAGCGGACAUGUGGGAGUUUCCAUCCGUAUUCAUGCGCGAAGGCGAACUGGCGAUGCGUUCUGUUCCGAGUGAUGCGGACGUCUGCGACGCGCAAAAAUUCUUUCGCGAAUCGGACGCGCGAGGCGUCUCGGAGUUGUUCGCUUCGGUCGCGUCUCCUCCAUGCGAUACUAAUAACGAAGGAGAAGAGAAGAGCGAAGUUAAAAAAACGGAAAAGAGGAAGCAAACUGACCGUCGUCAAGACUCCCUGACGUUCAAACACGAACCUGGGGUUGUCACGCACGUAUUUUCGCACGUGAAGCAUUUUAUGCACGUCUUCACCUUAGAUCUGGGCACCGUGGACGCCUUACCUCGACGACGAGCGAAGAAAGAAGAAGUAAAAGAAAAUGCAUCAAACGAACAAAAAGAAACGACGACGAACGGAAGAAGGAACAGCUCGCUUUCCUCGUCUUCCACCUCCUCCUCGUCUUCUUGGUUCCGCAGUUCCGACUUUGAAGACAAAGGCGUCUUCUCCACCGGCGUCCAAAAAGUCUUCGCCUUUGCCGAGAAGCGAGGAAAACACGAAUCGAGCGGCGACAUUCGAAAGCGCUCUGCGAAAUCUCAUCCAUCACCUCCUUCUCAUCCGUUCGACGCAGGUGGUGUCGCUGAAAAAGCGAAAAAAGACACGUUGUUGUUAAAAGACGACGACGCGUUGUUAGGCGUCGAGAACGAGAACGAGACCAAGAAGACCAAGAAGACGACGAUGAAGAAGAAGAUAAAAAUCGAGACGAAAGAUAUAGAGACGUAUUUUACUCGAGCCUCGAAUACUCGCAGAAGAGUGUCGCGAUAG